AUGCCCCGUUGAUUUGUGCACAAUCUGUUGACACUUAAAAAGACAUUUCAGUAGAAGAGUAUCCAGAGGGAUGGGAACACGGCCCCGGCGCUAGUCCAAAUAAUAAUGACGUCUUGAAAGAAUGAAGACACCUGCAUGGCUCCUCGUUAUCUCCCUUUUGAUGUCUAUCGUACAUGAAGUUAUGGCGGGAAGCUGUGUACAGUCGUCUGGUUCGAUCAGCGGAUGUAAAGAUAUUGGCGGGAAAUGUGAAAAUUUAGGAGGCGUCUGUUUCCAAGGAUUGGAUGAAACUUGUUGCUGCUCAGAAGCAUUAGAGGAAUGUGAAGCCGGUCAACCUUUAGGAGGAAGAUUCGAAACAAGAGAAGACAACCCUCACUACCAAGAACAAAAUAAAGUAAACAAGAAAAGAGAUGAAUUGAAAAUGAAAAAAAGUGAAUUGAAAAAGAAAGAAAAUGAAUUGAACAAGAAAAGAGAUGAAUUGAACAAGAAAGGAGGAGCAGUGAAUAAUAAAAGAGAUGAUGUAUACAAGCAAAGAGAUAAAUUGGAAAAGAAAAGAAAUGAAACCAAUAAAAAAGAUGAACUUUAAAGUAAUAUAAGCAAUAUUUACAGAGUUUAUACGGACUUCACUUAAAUUUCAUGUUAUAAUAAUUAGAUCAUGACCAAAUUCACUAACAUGAUAUAUUUUCAAACAUGUUUUCAUUACACUAUAUUAAAAGAUAAUACA